UAUAGAUGGAAUUUUUAAGAAUAUAAUGGAAGAUUUUGCUUCUGAUGAGAAGACGAAUAAUUUUGUGUAUAAAUGUAUUUAGGAAGCAAUUAAUCCAUAAAAACAGAUAAACGGGUGACUUUUAACUGAUAGAAAGGAGAGAAGUGUUACCAAAGAACAAACGAAUACCGUGUUAAAAUGAUAUCUGAAAAUAAUAAUCAAAAUAGGAAUCGUCAUAUUUCCACAUCUGAACAGAACCUCCGAAUCGAAACGAAUCUCAGUACUUAUAUUAAUCAAAAGAUUCGAGUAUUGACUGACGCAUUCAGUUCCAGAGCUCAAAGAUUCAGAGAAAUAAUUAUACAGCCACCAACCCCUUCUUCCUCUCCACAACCAGAAGAAUUAGAGGAACCGCAAGAUCGUCCCAGACUCCAGUCUCUGAUACAACACGAGGAUGAUCCACCUGCAGACGACAGCUGGUUGGACGAAAUGGUGGACGUUUGGUGCUGUCAAUUAAAGCGUCGUUACAUCCCUACAUUUCCUAAAGUCCUGGAUCCUCAAAGCAAACUCUACAUAACUUGGUUGCUGAUAGUUACUAUUUGUUACUUAUAUAAUGCGUGGAUCAUAUUCUUCAUGGCUAAUUUCCCCUAUUUAACGAAAGAAAAUCUUCCCAUGUUUCUGGGAUUCGAUUAUUUCUCCGAUUUAAUGUAUUUUGUAGACAUUGUUCUGUUUAAAGUUCGUGUUCGAUACCUUUAUGACGGAUUUUGGGUGGAUGACCCUGUUAUGACGAGGAAGAAUUAUUUCAAAAAGAGCAUGUUUAAGAUGGAUCUGUUAUCUUUGCUACCAUUGGACUUAUUAUAUCUAAAAUAUGGAAUUAAUCCACUGUUCCGAAUACCAAGAAUAUUAAAAUUGCAAACAUUUUGGGAGUUCUUUAAUAGAGUAGAUUCUGUUACCAAGUCCCCCUACGUUAUCAGAAUCAUAAGGACAUUAAUCUACAUGAUGUAUUUGAUUCAUUUCAAUGCCUGUGCCUAUUACGCCAUGUCUUCUUGGGAAGGAAUCAAUUCUAACAGUUGGGUGUACAACGGAACGGGAAAUGCUUACAUUCGCUGCUUUUACUUCGCUACCAAAACUGCCACGUCCAUAGGAAUAGGGAAAAAGUUUCGACCCUCCAACGAAUUCGAGUACGUUUUCAUGAUCGUCAGUUGGCUGAUGGGAGUUUUCAUCUUCGCAUUUCUAGUCGGACAGAUACGUGAUAUAUUCGCUACGGCCACUCGGAGCAAAACUGAAUACAGGCAGAUGAUGAAUCUGACCGUUCAGUAUAUGAGAAACUUAAAUGUUCCCGAUGAUUUGCAAACGAGAGUGAGACUUUGGCUCAGACAUACCUGGGAGCAACAGAACACUUUAAAUGAAGAUACUAUUUUGGAUUUUUUUCCUUCCAAAAUGAAAAUGGAUUUAGCCAUCAAUGUUCAUUACAAUACUUUAAGUAAAGUUCAGUUAUUUAAGGAUUGUGAUAAAGCUCUGUUGAGAGAUUUAGUUCUAAAACUAAAGCCAGUGUUAUUUUUGCCGUUAGAUUACAUUUGCAUGAAGGGUGAAGUCGGCAAAGAAAUGUACAUACUUAAUAAAGGAUUAGUCCAAGUCAUGGGAGGAGAAAAUGGAGACGUGAUCUUAGCCACACUAUCGGAGGGAAGCGUUUUCGGAGAGAUAAGUUUACUGGGAAUUCCGGGAUAUAACAGAAGAACUGCUAAUGUACAAUCGAAAGGAUUUUCUUAUUUAUUUGUUCUUAGUAAAUCUGAUCUUUGGGAUACGUUGAAAAAUUAUCCCGAAGCGCAAGAAAUCCUUAACAGAAAAGCUAGGACUUUGAUCAGACAAAACGAAGCUUUAAAAAAAAUGGAAACUUAUAAAAAACUUCAUGCCGAAAUUAUCAUUAGAGAACCAAUUAUCAAGCCGACUACACCAAAAUUAGUUAAAACCGUGAUUCAAGCCCUUUCUCCGGAUUGUAAAUUUAGCCAAAUUAUAAGGAUGAAAUCGUUGAUCAAGUCAGAUACGAUCUUGCAAGAUCAACCAAAACUACUAGAACAGAAAAGCGAAAUUAAUGAUGAAAACAAGAAGCCCGAGGAAAAUGAAGAAGAAGCGAUUAAAGAUAUUCAGCAAGUGAAGAAAAUCGAAGCCGCAGAAGAUAAAGAAACGGCGAAAAAUGUCGAAUCCACGACUCCCAUCAAAGAUUCUAGCCAAAUCAUCAACGAUAUUCUUCAACUCGUAACCAGUAAACAAUCCGAAAAUGUGGUUAAAGAGGAAUUCUCUUCUUCGUCUCUGUCCUCGUCCAUUGUCAGUUUAAGGCGCUUGUUUCGUGUGUCCAGCAGCAGUUCCGAUAUCAGCCAAUCGGAUUCGGAUAUUCCUCCGACUGCUUCGUUUCAAUCAUCCAAUAGUACAAGUAGCUUGAAUGAUUCACAAAAAUCUAAUCUUUUCUUUGAAAAUUUGAACUUCUAAUAUAAAA